CGUGUUUUGGUGUGUGUCCUUCCACGUCCCUGCCUCCACGUCUCCACCUUCUUCUUCAUUGAACAGCUUGCGAUGAACUCCGUUGGCGUGACAAGUGUGGUACUGCUGCUGGCUGUUGGCCUGUGUCUUGCGGGUACACAGGGCUUGGCCGGUGCGAAGCAGGUGCCAAAGACGCUGUUUGGUGGCUGGCUCUUCCUCGACAACGAGGAUGCACCCUUCAACGGAACGCUCGCCGGGUUCCUGCCACCAAACACCAACUACAUCAUCCUGUCGUUUGUGGACCCUCGCACCAUGGUUCUCCCGGAAAACAUGAUUCAAACCAUCAAGUCCUUCCCCAACCACCUUGUCAUGGUCUCUCUCGGCGGUCAGACCAUGGCCGGCAACUGGGACUGGCUCGCAUCUGAGGAGCAGGCCCGUGCCGCCGCUCGCACCGCCGCUUCCUGGGCUCAGGAAGCUCUAAGAUAUGGCACCUUACACAGCGAUGAACUCUAA